GACGUCAGCUAAAGCUUUCCCAAUCAGAAACUCAGAUUUCACUCGUAUUUUUGUCGGUGAUUCCUGACAGACUUCUCGGUCGGUUACCGCAAGCACAACGGAUACGUUUGUACCGGUUCAGCCAACAUGUCAACCCCAGGACCUGCAUCCCAAAGUGACCCCUCUAGUAAUCGCCGCCUUCAGCAGACACAGCAGCAAGUCAAUGAGGUGGUGGAUAUUAUGAGAGUUAAUGUGGAUAAAGUCUUGGAGAGAGACCAAAAAUUGUCUGAACUGGAUGAUCGUGCAGAUGCCUUACAAGCCGGGGCAUCUCAGUUUGAGACUAGUGCAGCAAAGCUCAAAAGAAAGUACUGGUGGAAAAACUGCAAGAUGUGGGCAAUAUUAAUAGCAGUAGUCGUUAUAAUCAUCAUUAUCAUUAUUGUGUGGAACGUGGCAUGAAGUUUGGACAUUGGUUUGGAUGCCAGCUGAAGCCUACAGUACCUGAAAUGAAUAAGAGCUUCAGUUCUGAUCACAACCCUGCUGUAUUCAAGAUUUUUUUUUUUUUUAUUAUUAUUAUUCUUGUAUAACUAAAGAAAAGUAAUUAUAAGUUUCUAGUUCAUAUUUGUAUGUUUAGAGUUCAAGUGCCUUUGUGAAUACAACUCCAAUUUUUAAAUGCUAGUAAGCACAGCCAGCACUUUGUACCGCACUGUCUUAAGAGAGCUUGAAUAACCACAUUUUCUCAAGUUGAGCUGUUAUCUGAUUUUGUGCAUUAUUUCUAUGACUACAUUUUUAAAGUGCAACCGAAGAGUCUAGUAAUUAAGAACAUUAUGUGAUUACUGUACUUGGAUUACAAAUUGUAAAACAAAAGCAACAACCUGGUGAAAAAGAAUGCUGCAAAAUGUGUCAACUAAUUCAAUAGAUCAAACUUAAAAGAAAUGAAUUACAGUUCAGAUGCAAACGUAGCUGUUUAUAAUAUGUGCAGAAAAUUAAAAAUUCAAAGAUAACCGACCACUACUGUGACUAAUUCUAGGCAAAUUGCUGUAGUUUAAAUCUGUAUAUAGCUUGUAACGCAAAUAGAAUAUUCCACUUUCUGCAACGGACAUGAAACCCAAAAUUUUCAUGAUUCUGAGAGAGCAUACAAUUUAAAAAAAUAUAUAUAUUUCUCUUGUAAGGUGUAUCCAGUCCACGGAUCAUCCAUUACUUGUGGGAUAUUCUCAUUCUCAACAGGAAGUUGCAAGAGGACACCCACAGCAGAGCUGUAAUAUAGCUCCUCCCCUAACUGUCAUAGCCAGUCAUUCUCUUGCAACUCUCAACAAGCUAGGACGUUGUAGGAGAGAGUGGUUAAAUAUAGCUAGUUUAUUUUCUUCAAUCAAAAGUUUGUUAUUUUUAAAUAGUACCGGAGUUGUGCUAUUUUAUCUCAGGCAGUAAAUAGAAGAAGAAUCUGCCUGAGGUUUCUAUGAUCUUAGCAGGUUGUAACUAAGAUCCAUUGCUAUUCUCACAUAUGUCUGAGGGGAUUACACAGAUGAGGUAACUUCAGCGAGAGAAUGGCGUGCAGUUUAUUCUGCUGUCAGGUAUGUGCAGUUAUAAUUUUUUCUAGAGAUGGAAAACACUAGAAAAUGCUGCUGAUACCGGAUUAAUGUAAGUUAAGCCUGAAUACAGUGAUUUAAUAACGACUGGUAUCAUGCUUACUCCCAGGGGUAAUACCCUUAUGAUAUUUACAAUAUAAAAUGUUUGCUGGCAUGUUUAAUCAUUUUUAUAUAUGCUUUGGUGAUAAAACUUUAUUGGGGCCUAGUUUUUUCCACAUGGCUGGCUUAAAUUUUGACUAGAAACAAUUUCCACUGUUGUAGUAUAAAAGUUACAGUUGGUGCAGUUAAAAUUACAAACUGUGACAUCCAGCUUCCCUCAAAGGCCCUCUCUAAAGGGCCCAAAGGCUUUCCAAAGUCGUUUAUUGGGGAAGGUAGGGCCACAGCUUGCUGUGGCAGUUGGUUGUGACUGUUAAAAAAACGUCUAUUUCGUUUUUUUGAUCCGUGUUUUUUUUAACUAAGGGGUUAAUCAUCCAUUUGCAAGUGGGUGCAAUGCUCUGUUAGCCUAUUAUACACACUGUAAAAAUUUUGUUUGAUUUACUGCAUUUUUUCACUGUUUUUCAAAUUCUGACAAUUUGUUUCUCUUAAAGGCACAGUACCGUUUUUUAUAUUUGCUUGUUAACUUGAUUUAAAGUGUUUUCCAAGCUUGCUAGUCUCAUUGCUAUUCUGUAUAAACAUGUCUGACAUAGAAGAAACUCCUUGUUUAUUAUGUUUAAAAGCCAUGGUGGAACCCCCUCUUAGAAUGUGUACCAAAUGUACUGAUUUCAUUUUAUGCAAUAAAGAUCAUUUUCUGUCUUUAAAAAAAUGUAUUAUCAGAGGAAUCUGACGAGAGGGAAGUUAUGCCGACUAACUUUCCCCACGUGUCAGACCCUUUGACUCCCGCUUAAGGGACUCACGCUCAAAUGGCGCCAAGUACAUCUAGGGCGCCCAUAGCGUUUACUUUACAAGACAUGGCGGCAGUCAUGGAUAAUACACUGUCAGCGGUAUUAGCCAGCCUACCUGAACUUAGAGGUAAGUGAGAUAGCUCUGGGGUGAGACAAAAUGCAGAGCAUACUGACGCUUUAAGAACCAUGGCUGAUACUGCCUCACAAUAUGCAGAAGCUGAGGAAAGAGAGCUUCAGUCAGUGGGUGAUGUUAAUGACUCAGGAAAGAUACCUGAUUCUAAUAUUUCUACAUUUAAAUUUAAGCUUGAACACCUCUGCGUGUUGCUUAGGGAGGUUUUAGCUGCUCUGAAUGACUGUGAUACCAUUGCAGUGCCAGAGAAAUUGUGUUGACUGGAUAAAUACUUUGCAGUGCCGGUGUGUACUGAUGUCUUUCCAAAUACCUAAAAGGAUUACAGAAAUUAUUAAGGAAUGGGAUAGACCAGGUGUGCCGUUCUCUUCCCCUCCUAUUUUUAGAAAAAUGUUUCCAAUAGACGCCACCACAUGGGACUUAUGGCAGACAGUCCCUAAGGUGGAGGGAGCAGUUUCUACUCUAGUAAAGCGUACUACUAUCCCUGUCGAGGACAGUUGUGUGUUUUUUUUUUUUUUUUUGUUUGUUUUUUUAGAUCCAAUGGACAAAAAAUUAGAGGUUACCUUAAGAAAAUAUUUAUUCAACAAGGUUUUAUCCUACAGCCCCUUGCAUGCAUUGCCCCUGUCACUGCUGCUGCGGCGUACUGGUUUGAGUCUCUGGAAGAGGCUUUACAGGUAGCGACUCCAUUGGAUGACAUACUUGGCAAACUUAGAGCACUGAAGCUAGCCAAUUCUUUUAUUCUGAUGCCAUUGUUCAUUUGACUAAACUAACGGCUAAGAAUUCUGGUUUUGCUAUACAGGCGCGCAGAGCGCUAUGGCUUAGAUCAUGGUCAGCUGACGUGACUUCAAAAUCUAAGCUACUUAACAAUCCCUUCAAGGGGCAGACCCUAUUCGGGCCUGGUUGAAGGAGAUUAUUGCUGAUAUCACUGGAGGAAAAGGUCAUGCCCUUCCUCAGGACAGGUCCAAAUCUAGGGCGAAACAGUCUAAUUUUCGUGCCUUUCAAAACUUCAAGGCAGGUGCGGCAUCAACUUCCUCUAAUAAUAAACAAGAGGGAACUUUUGCUCAAUCCAAGACGGUCUGGAGACCAAACCUGACAUGGAAAAAAGGUAAGCAGGUAAAAAAGCCUGCUGCUGCCUCUAAGACAGCAUGAAGGAACGGCCCCCUAUCCGGGAACAGAUCUAGUAGGGGGCAGACUUUCACUCUUUGCCCAGGCGUGGGCAAGAGAUGUUCAGGAUCCCUGGGCGUUGGAAAUUUUAUCCCAGGGAUAUCUUCUGGACUUCAAAGCUUCCCCCCCCCCCCCCCCAAAAGGGAGAUUUCACCUUUCACAAUUAUCUGCACACCAGAUAAAGAGAGAGGCAUUCUUACACUGUGUACGAGUCCUCCUAGUUAUGGGAGUGAUCCAUCCAGUUCCAAAGGAGGGACAGGGUUUUUACUCAAAUCUGUUUGUGGUUCCCAAAAAAGAGGGAACCUUCAGACCAAUUUUGGAUCUAAAGAUCUUAAACAAAUUCCUCAAAGUUCCGUCGUUCAAGAUGGAAACUAUUCGUACCAUCCUACCACCGAUCCAGGAGGGUCAAUAUAUGACUACAGUGGAUCUAAAGGAUGCUUAUCUUCACAUUCCGAUACACAAAGAUCAUCAUCGGUUUCUCAGGUUUGCCUUUUAAGACAGGCAUUACCAGUUGUAGCUCUUCCCUUGGGAUUAGCUACAGCCCCAAGAAUCUUUACAAAGGUUCUAGGGUCACUUAUGGCGGUCCUAAGGCCGCGGGGCAUAGCAGUAGCCCCUUAUUUAGACGACAUCCUGAUACAGGCGUCAAACUUCCAAAUUGCCAAGUCUCAUACGGACGUAGUACUGGCAUUUCUGUGGUUGCAUGGGUGGAAAGUGAACGAGGAAAAGAGUUCUCUAUCCCCACUCACAAGAGUUUCCUUUCUAGGGACUCUGAUAGAUUCUGUAGAAAUGAAAAUUCACCUGACUGAGUCCAGGUUAUCAAAGCUUCUAAAUUCCUGCCGGGUUCUUCAUUCCAUUCCGCGCCCUUCGGUGGUUCAGUGUAUGGAAGUAAUUGUCUUAAUGGUAGCGGCAAUGGACAUAGUGCCGUUUGCACGCUUACAUCUCAGACCGCUGCAACUAUGCAUGCUCAGUCAGUGGAGCGGGGAUUACACAGAUUUGUCCCCUCAACUGAAUCUGGACCAAGAGACCAGGGAUUCUCUCUCUUCUCUCGUGGCUAUCUCGGGUCCAUCUGUCCAAAGGUAUGACCUUUCGCAGGCCAGAUUGGACAAUUGUUACGACAGAUGCCAGCCUUCUAGGUUGGGGUGCAGUCUGGAACUCCCUGAAGGCUCAGGGAUCGUGGACUCAGGAGGAGUCUCUCCUUCCAUUAAAUAUUCUGGAACUAAGAGCGAUAUUUAAGGCUCUUCAGGCUUGGCCUCAGUUAGCAACUCUGAGGUACAUCAGAUUUCAGUCGGACAACAUCACGACUGUAGCUUACAUCAACCAUCAAGGGGGAACGAGAAGUUCCCUAGAGAUGUUAGAAGUUUCAAAAAUAAUUCGCUGGGCAGAGAUUCACUCUUGUCACCUAUCAGCUAUCCAUAUCCCAGGUGUAGAGCACUGGGAGGCGGAUUUUCUAAGUCGUCAGACUUUUCAUCCGGGAGAGUGGGAACUCCAUCCGGAGGCAUUUGCACAACUGAUUCAUCGUUGGGGCAAACCAGAACUGGAUCUCAUGGCGUCUCGCCAGAACGCCAAGCUUCCGUGUUACGGAUCCAGGUCCAGGGAUCCCAAGGCGAGACUGAUAGAUGCCCUAGCAGUGCCCUGGUCUUUCAACCUGGCUUCUGUUUUUCCACCGUUUCCUCUGCUCCCUCGACUGAUUGCCAAGAUCAAGCAGGAGAGAGCAUCGGUGAUUCUGAUAGCACCUGCGUGGCCACGCAGGACCUGGUAUGCAGAUCUAGUAGACAUGUCAUCCUUUCCACCAUGGUCUCUGCCUCUGAAACAGGACCUUCUACUUCAGGGUCCUUUCAACCAUCCAAAUCUAAUUUCUCUCAGGCUGACUGCCUGGAGAUUGAACGCUUGAUUUUAUCAAAGCGUGGCUUCUCCGAGUCAGUUAUUGAUACCUUAAUACAGGCACGAAAGCCUGUCACCAGGAAAAUUUACCAUAAGGUAUGGCGUAGAUAUCUUUAUUGGUGUGAAUCCAAGGGUUACUCAUGGAGUAAGGUCAGGAUUGCUAGAAUAUUAUCUUUUCUCCAAGAAGGUUUGGAAAAAGAAUUGUCAGCUAGUUAAGCGUCUGGCAGAUGUUCCAGACGUUCAGGCAUUUUGUCAGGCUUUAGUUAGAAUCAAGCCUGUGUUUAAACCUGUUGCUCCACCAUGGAGCUUAAACUUGGUUCUUAAGGUUCUUCAAGGAGUUCCGUUUGAACCUCUUCAUUCCAUAGAUAUCAAGCUUUUAUCUUGGAAAGUUCUUUUUUUUGGUAGCUAUUUCCUCGGCUCGUAGAGUCUCUGAGCUAUCUGCCUUACAAUGUGAUUCUCCUUAUCUGAUUUUUCAUACGGAUAAGGUAGUCCUGGGUUCUUACCUAAGGUGGUAUCUAACAAGAAUAUCAAUCGAGAUUGUUGUUCCAUCCUUGUGUUACACAAUUUGGACGUGGUCCGUGCUUUAAAGUUUUACUUACAAGCUACUAAAGAUUUUCGUCAAACAUCUGCUUUGUUUGUUGUCUACUCUGGACAGAGGAGAGGUCAAAAGGCUUCGGCAACCUUUUUCUUUUUGACUAAGAAGCUUAAUCCGCUUAGCCUAUGAGACUGCUGGACAGCAACCUCCUGAAAGGAUUACAGCUCAUUCCACUAGAGCUGUGGCUUCCACUUGGGCCUUUAAAAAUGAGGCUUCUUUUGAUCAGCUUUGCAAGGCGACGACUUGGUCUUCGCUUCAUAUUUUUUCAAAAUUUUACAAAUUUGAUACUUUUGCUUCUUCGGAGGCUAUAUUUGGGAGAGAGGUUUUACGGGCAGUGGUUCCUUCCAUUUAAGUUACUGCCUUGUCCCUCCCUUCAUCCGUGUACUUUAGCUUUGGUAUUGGUAUCCCACAAGUAAUGGAUGAUCCGUGGACUGGAUACACCUUACAAGAGAAAACACAAUUUAUGCUUACCUGAUAAAUUUAUUUCUCUUGUGGUGUAUCCAGUCCACAGCCCGCCCUGUCAUUUUAAGGCAGGUAAUUUUUAAAUUUAAACUACAGUAACCACUGCACCCUAUGGUUCCUCCUUUCUCGGCUAGUUUCGGUCGAAUGACUGGAUAUGGCAGUUAGGGGAGGAGCUAUAUUACAGCUCUGCUGUGGGUGUCCUCUUGCAACUUCCUGUUGGGAAUGAGAAUAUCCCACAAGUAAUGGAUGAUCCGUGGACUGGAUACACCACAAGAGAAAUAAAUUUAUCAGGUAAGCAUAAAUUGUGUUAUAAAUACAUUUUUGUUAUGGUAUUCUUUGGUUAAGAGAUACCUAGGUAGGUAGUAUGCAUGUCUGGAGCAUUAUAUGGCAGGAAAAGGUGCUUCCAUCUACUGCUCUUACAAAUGUUUAAUCUUAAACAUAUAGUGCUGCAGACACGUGCACGCUCCUGAAUUUACCUUCCUGCUUUUCAACAAAAGAUGCAGGGAGGAUGAAGAAAAUGUGAUAAUAGAAGUAAAUUAGAAAUUGGUUUAAAGUCUAUGCUCUGUCUGAAUCACGAUAGAAACAUUUGGGGUUUUACAGGGUUCUUUUUUUAUAUUUCUUUUUGCAUGAAUAUUGAGGAAGUGUGUUGUGUAACAUGUCUCCAAGCUUCCUUUUGCCAGCAUUAAAAUGUUACUGUUAGCUACUUAAAGUGACAAAAUGUUAAUAAAUUGCCGUGUAUCAUUA